AUGAUAAAACUAUCCGCCAAUACAGCGUUUCUUCAACGAGAAAACGAGCAGCUCCAGGCAGCUCUCAUCGAUGAGAGACAGCGGAAGGAGCGUAUCCAGCCUGAUACGCUCGAGCUGUCCGACGAUUAUCAUGGUGGAGCUACUUUCUGGUCUCCACGGAAGGUGCGAGAAGCUCGCCAGCAAUAUAAGCAGAAACAGCCCGAUUAUGAGGAAGAGGAGAGAAAGCUACUCAAAGCUCAAGAACUAGAUGCGCGGCGACGGGCGCGGGCACAGGUAAAACUAGAUCGUAAGAAGUCUAUAUUCAAGUGCCGUAUAAAGCUAGUAUCAAAAAAUAUUAUCGUUAGUGGUAGUAGUGCCGGUGCAGAAGCAGCCAAUUGA